AUGGCUGAGUCUUCUCACCCAGGUGAGGGUCGUGGUCAUGUUCGUUGGGGGCGCAUAGAAGAGCAUUACCUGGAUCCUCCGCGGCCUCGCAGGCGAGAGAUCAGGUAUCCCGCUAGGCGAAGUACAUUUGAGAGAGUCGAUGUUCCUACUGAUGGGGCUCGUGUUCCUAACGAUACUAGACGGGUAGCCAGGACAUCUUCUCGGCGGUCUACAGAUGACGUUCCGGUACAGACCUACGCUGAGUGGGAAACCUUUACUGAGCUCCCAAUCCAGGCUUCAGCUACACCUGAUGGAGACUAUACUGAGUCUCCGCGCCCGAUUGAAACUUAUGGCGAGGAUGAAGAAGAAAGCCCUAGACAGAGACAAUUCUCUUAUGACAGAGGCGAUUACGGCCGUCGUUACAGAAGUCGGUCAAGAUCACCCAUAAACCCACGCUAUAAAAUCCCAGGACGUGAGGGAUAUCUUUCUCGUGAUGCUCUCUCGCGCACUGCAGGAUAUAACAGUGACUGGUAUUCUAGAACAAGGGGCGGGAGCCUUUCAAGCAACGAGUAUGAUCCUUACGAUAAGUUUGAUUUCUCAUCCCGGGCCCAGUCGAUCAUAGAUUCCUCGAAAGCAGACGAUUCUGAAGUCGAAUCUCCUGAGUCUGAAGAGACAACCAUUGUUAUGGAGCGUUCCAACCUCAUGAAGGACGAGACAGUAUCUAAUUCACGCUCUCAGAUGACACUUGUUCAUUCUUCGGCUUAUACUGGGAGUGCUGAAAUGGGUGGUUCUCAUGCAGCAGUCUUAAAUCUUGUUCAUGAUCCUAAAGGACAGAAAAAUUCUCUAUUCCGCUGGCUCCACGUUCCACAGGACGUGAUGAACUUUGAAGAUUUCUGGGUUGAGAUUAGCCGGAUCUCCGGAUUGACAGAGCUGGAGAAGAAGGCCGUAACGAGGCUUCGUGCUGACGUCAAAAAGACCUGUGUCAAGUCUAGGACCAAUCCUAAAGGUGCCAAGGUUGGAUACUUGGACCCGAAAUACAUCGAGGUACCAUUGAAACCACUAAAAGCCGAGGCAAUGUCGUCCGGUUCAGUGACUGGCUCAGCACGGUGGAUUUGUAUUCCCUUCUUCUCACUCGAGCAGUACUCUGGUCUACUCGCAGCUGCCAGCGCAUCUCUUUUUCCAGCUCAGACCUUGCUGCAAGUCCAGUACUCCCGAAACACUGUGGCAAGGGACAUGGAGCAAGCGGUGGUUCAGCUGGGAAAUGCAGAACGCGGAGAGUGUUUCCAUAUAUCUCAGCUGUGGUGCCUUGUCAUUGAUAACAGUAACGACUCCUUCACCGAUACAAUAGGAAACUCACUGACGAUUAAAAAAAAAGGCUUAAUAGUAACAUGUGGGACGAUGACUAGAGACGAUCUGCUCGGCCAAGGGCUUGAGAUUAAAGAACGCCCAUCUCGUGCUGUAGUCAAUGAACGCAAAGGGCGAAUAUUGGUGGCAUACGGCGAUUCGGUUGUUUGGUCGUUUGAUGCCGAUGAGUGCCGGACGUGGUUUGGAUUCCUGUCUAAGUUCCAAGCAUUCUGGCCUAAAGUUCCAGAGUUCUGGCACAAGGAUCAAGCCGUCACAGCAUACACAUGGCCCAGAAUACUCAAAUUGGCCUCGGCCAUCAAGGCGAUGUCACUUAAGAUCACCAUGAAGCUAGGUUCCCUGCCUGACCCUCCCCCACGAGCCAUUCUACGGCCAGAUCCUCAAGUUCUCCCAAGUACGCAUGGUGGAAAGGGUAAACCCGGGACACAGGAAUUUGCUCAUAUGCUGGCCUUGGCGACAGGGGACUCCAGAGGUCCUCCAAUCCAGGGGACUGGUUUCAAGCUCCUUGAAGCUCAGCUGGAUGCGGCUGAGACUUUUUUAACAUGUGAUACAACCUAUACGGAUCGGAAGGCAUAUAAGACCUGCAAAGAAGCCACGAGAAAGGAGUGCUAUGACUAUCUAGUCGAGUUAUCUGGUCGAAUCGAGGAAGUUGAGAGUGAUUCUUUACGACGUGCAUACGAGGAAAAGGUGGAUGUCUUCAACGCUGCCGAUAUUGUUUACAGCUUCUUUUUACCCACAAAUUUCCAAGGCCCCAUGGUCGGAAAGUUCUGGGGCGCGGUCAGAUCCAUAACUGAGGUAACAAUGCUAGAUGGUAGGCCGGUUUCUGACAUCGCCGGUAGCCUCCGGGUCUCUCUCAGAGACUUGACGCGAAAUCUCCUCGCCCUCCAAAAUCUCGUCAUGUAUUCAUCCGAUCAAGAGCGAGCUGAAGUUGAAAUGCCGCCCGAGUUCUCCAAAGCAUGGCUUUACAUCACCAUGGCCAUAGUCUAUGGCUCCAAUGACGACCCUAAGUGGGAUGAUCGGAUGAGGAGGGCCGAAGAGCUCAUCGGUACGGGUUCCAAAAAGCUGGCGCAAGGAUUCGGUGAGAACAAUUUGCUAGAAAAGGCUAUUGUAUUGCCGCUUGAAGUGCUUUCACUCAUCACAAUGGGCCUGUUGCAAGAUCAGGUCGGCAAAUCUGAUGACAUAUGCGAUACUUACUCUCAGUAUCUUGACUCUCUAGAUCAUGCAAUCACGUCGAAACCCUCCGACAGGUCCUUUCAACAUCAGCUCGAUCUAGUACAACAAGAGCUCGUGGCCGUCAAGCGAACACUCUGGAAGCAAAAGUCGCUUAUCUAUCGACUACGAAAGUCACUCACCGCUAUUGAUACAGAAGACAUUGUCAUGAGUCAGAUUGAGCAUGAAAUCGUGUUGAAAGAGGCAGAGAAGCAGUACAGCAACAAACGGCACUACUCGGAGGCCUUACCGCCGCCUCACUCACAACGUCAGGAUGAGGACUAUAAUCGAAUUGUCCCUGUUUCUUAUGCUCAGGAGGUUACAACUGCGAACGACUAUAUGGGACUGGAUGAUGACUUCCUGUUUGAUUUGGCUUCAUCUUCAAAACUGUCUCCUACAGAUGCGGGAGGUUUACGCGGUCUCUUCUUCCUCGAAUGUUCACGUCUCAUCGAGCAACGCGAGUUUGAGUUUCGACGCUUCAGCGAUUUUUCUAAAGACCUCGAGCGGGCGAUUGCAUAUAAGAUGGACUUCACAAGAGACCGACAGGAGCGCGCUAUCUAUGCCUUCACCCUUGUUACUAUCAUUUUCUUGCCCAUCAGCGCGGUUUCGAGUAUAUUUGGCAUGAACACGACUGAUGUCCGCGAUAUGAACUACUCACAGUGGUUGUAUUGGGUGGUUGCUAUACCAGUGACGGUUCUCGUCAUUGUCCUAGGACUCUGGUUCAUGGGAGAGUUAGGAAACCUGGCUCGAUGGUUAUUUGGGCGACCAGGAAAGGGGAUCUACGGCGAGCCGACAGUCAUAUCACAAACAGUCGAACCGGCAUAUUGGGCGGCUCCUCCAACCACGCAGCUAGCUGCCCAACCGGCAGAGUAUUCAUCGCCACCAUAUGAGUCGAGGCGUAGAAGGGCUCAGGCUCAACCAAAUUACCCUGCACGCCAGAGUCGCAUUUAUCGAUCACGAUAGGUGACCUGGAGGCGAAUAGUUAGCGCACAUGGUGAGAAGUGCUCAGUUGAGGGUUGCUUCAUAAAUAUUGUAACUUUGUCCUGGGAUGUGUUAAGAUAAUAAGUCUAAAAUGAGGAUGUUUUGCGAUGGAUAAUAGUCUUAGGAUUACAAGUGAGUUUCGGGAUAAUAUAGGAUAUAUUUAUUAAAGUUUGCC